CUGGUUAUACCAGGCACAAUGAGUCCAAGCCCUAAAAGCCUCCUCUUCCUCCAGGUCAUGAAGCCAGAUGUUCUCCUUUAGGUUUCAUUACUGCAGCCGCGACUGAAGCUGGGUAACAUCCAUUUCAGCUGCUUUUCCCACUUGGGUCCAUCUAGUCAUGAAUUUGCAGAGCUUGUGAGAUUCUUCUUUGUGCCUUUUUCGUGGAGUGAGCAAGGUGGGUCAGUGAGGAAAGGUGCCUGUUUGUGAGGUGUUGGGGAAGGUUGUGAACAUGAGUCGUCGAAACAAGGGGAAGACGAUGAAAUAGGGUAUGUCUUCGAUGGACGUCGCUGACACAGUAAGUGCGGAGGCUAUGGCUGUUGAAGGCGAGGCGGUGACCACGCCGGAGCCACUGAUCACCUCAAUUCGGAUUGAGGGUGACGAGGGAGUUGGGAUGCCGUCUGACCAUACUAGCUCAGAUUAUUACUUUGAUUCAUACGCACAUUUCGGUGAACGUUUUGACAUCCAUCAGAAUUCAAGGCGUGUAACUUUUAAGAUUUCUGCCAUCGAAAAUCUGCGUCUUAUGUUCAAAGCUAGGUGAAAGACUACACUUAAUCUUGAUAUUAUUUGGUCGGAUCAAUGACUCAGAGUGUCCUUUUGUUGUGAUGAUCUUGUGCAGGCAUUCAUGAAGUAAGUUUAGAAUUCCUCUUCGUAAAUUAGGGCUUUCAAAGGACCGACAGAUUAUUAGUUCAUUAUGUUUCCACAUCUUGGGUUGUGUCUUGUCAUGUCAAACCAUGGUUUUUGACUCAACAAGUUUUCUGAAGUAUUUUCUAAGGCGAGAAACCUCAUGAAUCCUAUUGCGGACUUUAUUCAUGCGUUUAUAAUAUCUGGGUCAACGCGAAUCUCGAGGUUCUAGUUGAUGUGACUGAUUGCGGAAGCAGUUGCGGAUUGUGAUCGGCGUUGUUUCUUACAUCACAGGAGAUGUUGAAGGAUACAGUGAGAACAAAGACGUAUCAGAAUGCCAUCUAUCAAAAUGGUUUUUUAUUCAAGGAUAAAGUCGUUCUUGAUGUGGGAGCGGGCACCGGUGUUCUUUCCCUUUUCUGUGCCAAGGGAGGAGCUAAGCACGUAUAUGCGGUGGAAUGCUCGACGAUGGCGGAUACUGCUAGGGAGAUUGUGAAGGCCAACGGCUACAGCGAUGUGGUCACAGUCAUCAAAGGAAAGUUGGAGGAGAUCACUCUGCCAGUUGACAAAGUCGACAUUAUUAUCUCAGAGUGGAUGGGCUACUUUCUUCUUUUUGAAAACAUGCUGGACACCGUACUUUAUGCUCGAGACAAAUGGUUGGUCCCUGGAGGUCUGGUUAUGCCCGAUAGAACUUCACUGUAUCUUACUGCCAUUGAAGAUGCUGAAUACAAACAGGAGAAAAUUAACUUUUGGGAGCAGGUUUAUGGAUUUGACAUGAGCUGUAUCAAGAAACAAGCGAUGGUCGAACCUCUGGUGGAUGUAGUCGAUGCUAAUCAGAUUGUGACACAUGCAACACACUUGAAGACUAUGGACAUCAGCAAGAUGAACACUGGGGAUGCUUCUUUCACAGCUCGCUUCAAAUUAGUGGCUACUCGAAACGAUUUUAUACAUGCUUUGGUCGCGUACUUCGAUGUUACGUUUUCAAUGUGCCACAAGAGUACUGGUUUCUCGACAGGACCCAGGGCACGGCCUACACACUGGAAGCAAACUGUGAUCUAUCUGGAGGAUGUCAUCACCAUCUGCGAGGGUGAGGCAUUGACAGGCACAAUGAGCGUCUCUCAGAACAAGAAGAAUCCUCGUGACUUAGAUGUGACUGUCUCAUACAAUUUCAACGGGAAAAGGUCGCAAGCUACAAGAACACAACAUUAUCGCAUGCGUUGAGUGGUGUUCAGCAGGUAUUCUAGUAGCCCCACAACAGAAUUUUCUUCUCUCCUUGAGCUCCCUUACAUUGAUGUAAAUUAGACUAAUUUUUAACUUGCUUCUAUUUUGUGAAAAGCAACAAUCAUUUUUUUAAUAUGAAAGUACAAGAUCUGACUGGUGCAGAAGAGUCACUUGAAUUUUUUGUGCUCUGUAA